GAGGGCUCUUCACCUCUGACCCAAAAUGGCCGCACCCAGAGCGUAGUUCUUCGCUUCUCCGAGGCGAGCUAAGAUUAAAAUCCUACAUCAUGUCGAAGCUAAGUCGGGCCACUCGGACCCUCAAGAAGCCCGAGGCCGGCGGCGUGAUCCGGUCCAUCGUGCGAGCAGGCCAAGCUAUUCCUGGGCCUCCGCUAGGUCCCAUCUUGGGUCAGCGAGGUGUCUCUAUCAACCAGUUCUGCAAAGAGUUCAACGAGAAGACAAAGGACAUCAAAGAAGGCAUUCCCCUGCCUACAAAAAUUUUUAUAAAGCCCGACAGGACAUUUGAGCUCAAGAUUGGGCAGCCCACUGUUUCUUACUUUUUGAAGGCAGCUGCUGGGAUCGAGAAGGGGGCCCGGCAUACAGGGAAAGAGGUGGCAGGCCUGGUGAGUUUGAAGCACGUAUAUGAGAUUGCCUGUGUCAAAGCUAAGGAUGAUGCUUUUGCCAUGCAAGAUGUGCCCCUGUCUUCUGUGGUCCGCUCCAUCAUUGGCUCUGCCCGUUCCCUGGGCAUUCGAGUCGUGAAGGACCUCAGUGCAGAAGAACUGGAGGCUUUCCAGAAGGAACGAGCUGUGUUUUUGGCUGCUCAGAAAGAGGCAGAUUUGGCAGCCCAGGCAGAAGCUGCCAAGAAGUGACCCCAACUUUCUACACGCUGAGAAUUUGAAGUGAGAGGCUGAGAAGGGGGCCCACAGAGGAAGCUGAGCCAAAGGACUUCAUGCAACCUGAUUUAUAGUUUCCUAAUAUGUUUCUGUACAUUUGCUGUGCCAGGGGAUGGAGCCUGAAUAAACACCCUUUGUCAUCAA